AUGCCCAGUGUAAUGAGUAUCUUUAAAUCCUCUCAUUUGCAUCUACUGUACGAUCUCUUCCGGUUAUCAAUGAGAAUAGCUUUUGCUAUGAUCCUAGCCACAUUUAAAGUGGUUUUACCUUGUCGAGGAAAGAGUUUGUUAGGAGAAACGGUGUUGAUCACCGGUGCUGGACACGGAAUUGGUCGCGAAUUGGCCGUUCAGUUAGCUUCUUUGGGUUGCAUAGUCGUUUGUUGGGACAUUGAUAUCGAAGCGAAUCGAUCAACAAUUAACACGAUUUCAAAAAACGGUGGAGAAGGAUACGGUUUCGCUAUUGAUGUGUCGAAGAGACUGGAGGUACGAGAAACCGUGCGCUUGAUGAGGAAAUCAGGUAUACCGGAAGUGUCAAUUUUAAUUAACAACGCAGCCGUGUUAUAUCAUCGUCCUUUCCUGAAACAAGAUCCAGAUAUCGUGGAGAAGACAUUCAAUGUGAAUGUUUUGUCAAAUUUUUGGACGAUCGAAGCUUUCUUACCGGCCAUGAUACAAAACGGAAAGGGGCAUGUAGUAUGUAUGAGCAGCAUGUGCGGAAUAUACGGAGUGUCGCAAAAAGUAGCAUAUUGUUCGUCCAAGUUCGCGGUUAGGGGAUUAAUGGAGGCCCUUCUCGAGGAGUUUAGAUUCGAUUCGAAGGCUUCCAAUAUCAAAUUCACCACUAUUUAUCCAUUUUACAUCAACACCGGUUUAGCUAGGGAUCCAAAGUACAGGUUUCCUUACAUAUUCGGAGCGAUGUCGCCGGAAUAUGCGGCGAAAGAAGUGAUUAAAGCGAUCCGGAGAAAUUAUACCGAAUAUUCUAUACCGAGAUGUCUUCUUACAUUAAACGCUAUCAAUAGAAUCGUUCCCGAAAGCGUGAUGCGGUUGAUCCUGGAUUUUCUCGCGGACGUGGAGCGGAAACAAAAGGAAGCUACUCGUUGUUUGCAAAAAUGAUAUUCUCGAUUGCAUAAGACGUCACGAUAUUUGAUUAAUCGUCUGCGUUUCACUAUUGCGUUUCACGAUCACUUGUGUAACAUAGGCAUUUUAAUAUUACUUAUGAUUUAUUUAUCGAUAAAUGUUUAUUAAGAACUGAUCAAAGUUUUUAUCAAGCUUCGAGCUCCAAUAUCUUUGCGUCAUCAAAUCAGGAGAAUUUCAUUAGAUUCUAAGUUCAUCUGCGUCAGUGAUGUGCAUCUUCGAUGAAAGAGGCAGUCCUUGACCAUGGACGUUGAACUGAACUGGUUCAAAGUCUGCAUCCGUUCGCUUUAGUGAAACGGCAAUCAGCCGGGCAAAACGUCUUUGCUGCAGCUUCGCAAAUGGAUUACGUCCGACCGUGAUUCAUCCGCCAAUUUAUGAGGUAAUCGAACGAUUUGUUUUCGCCGUGAUUUUAUUCUGCAGGUGUAACUUUAUCGCUCCGUGUCCGGAAAAGAACCAGUUGCUUCUGGAACUUCAAACUCGCACGGCGAAGUGCAUCCUGCAGUCGCAUUUUGCAUCGUUCUUCGCUGCAUCUAAGAGGUCUAGGUCACAACUGACUCAGCAUCACCGUUCCAGGAUUAACAAGUUUUAAUACAGCGAUGGAUUUGAACUCGAUGCUUCGUGUUUGAAGAAUUACUUUCUCGUCCACGAUAUCAAUCUUGGAUGGCCAAGUCAAUGAUUCCAAGUCGAGUUUCCUGAUUCGUGGAUUGUUCACCUCAGCAGCGAGGCACAACAGGUUCAA